AUGACAUACGCCCCUCCACGGCCCGGGGAAGGGGUUCCCCCGGUCCGGCCGUGUCUCCUCGCCCGGCUGGGGCCCGUUGGCCAGGCACCAGCCCCGCUGUCUGCACACUCCUCUCAAGCUCUUCCUCUCUCCUCCAGACCAGAAGGCAUAGAGCGGCAGUUCAGGAAGAAGUGUGGCAAGUGUGGACUGCUGCUCUUUUAUCAACACCAACAGAAAAACGCUCCUGUGACCUUCAUUGUUGACGGUGCUGUGGUCAAAUUUGGCCAGUGUUUUGGGAAAACAAACAUAUAUACUCAGAAACAAGAACCUCCCAAAAAGGUGAUGAUGACCAAACGGACCAAAGACAUGGGCAAGUUCAGUUCUGUCACAGUCUCCACAAUUGAUGAAGAGGAGGAGGAGAUAGAAGCGAGGGAGAUUGCGGACUCCUAUGCACAGAACGCAAAAGUGAUUGAGAAACAGCUGGAACGCAAAGGCAUGAGCAAAAGAAGGCUACAGGAGUUGGCUGAGUUGGAAGCCAAGAAAGCCAAGAUGAAAGGAACCCUGAUUGAUAACCAGUUCAAGUGAAAUGCUGCACGUCUGCUGGGUAUUUGGAGACAGGAGAAAGCUACCAGGAGCUAUCGCAGAUCUGUCAACAAAGCAGAAGUAACAGACGACAUUCAAGGGCAAUGUGCUGCAGCCAGCUUGGAGGAUGAGUACCUCUCUGUCAUAGGCGAUACUCUGUCCAGUUUUAAUAAUUCCAGUGGCACUGGAGACUUUGCUCAAACUGCUGUUCUCUACAGACCCAGUGUUACGAGCAAGCUGUUCCAGACAGAAUAUUUACUUUUGGGAAAAUCUUCACUGGGUGCCUUCCUGAGUUCAGUGCCUUUAGAUACCUGUCUUUUUGUUUUGGUAGUUUUCAAAUGUGUAAGAUUUCCAUAAAUGUAUUGGAACAAUAGGUCAGCUGUACAACAAAGAAAUCAUUACAAAAGUAAGUUCUGUGCCUGUUCGUUUUGUUAUUUCAAAUGUGUCGAGAACAUGCAGCAGCCUGAGAGACAUGCCAUUCCAAGACAAUCUGGAACAACUCAGAUGCAAGGCUUGGGGAUUGUACUGCUGUGCACCCAGACAGGCUGUCAGAGGCAGCCAGCACAGGCUUGGCUGUAG